AACAACGGUAACCUCGCGAUAUCAACUUGCUGUUUAGCGAGACUUUGAAACGAUUAGUCUGGUGGCGAAAAGGGGGAACCCGAAAAACAAAUACGGGAGUCGUAAUAAACAGCGGAGCUCUUUCGUCUUUUGUUUACAGCCGUCAGGUAAUUUAAGAUGUCUGAUGACUUGGUGAAGCAAUUGGCCAGCUACAAGGCGCAGCUGCAGCAGGUAGAGGCGGCGUUAUCGACUGACCAAGAGAAUAAUGACCUGUUAAAACUCCAGAAAGACCUGCAGGAAGUUAUAGAAUUAACUAAGGACCUGCUAUCAAGCCAGCCCUCAGUGGCCAGCACAAGUUCCAGCAGUACCGCUGAGACGACCUCGAGCCACUCGUGGAAGGUGGGGGACCAAUGCAUGGCCGUCUGGAAUGAGGAUGGACAGUUGUACAAGGCAGAGAUCGAGGAGAUAGACAAGGAGAACGGCACUGCUGCCGUCACCUUCUUGGGCUACGGCAACGCAGAAGUCAUGCCUCUGCAGAACCUGAAGCCCGUGGAGCAAGGAUCUCGCUCGGAGGAGGACGGUGCCAAGUCCAAGUCCAGGAAGGAGCAGAUCGCAGAGAUGAGGGAAUACAAGAAGAAGAAAGCGUUCAAGAAGGCGCAGCGCAUGAAGGAGCUGGAACAGGAGCGUGAGGAUCAGAAAUCCAAAUGGCAGCAGUUUAACAACAAAGCGUAUUCAAAAAAUAAGAAGGGACAGGUGAAAAGGAGUAUAUUCGCAUCACCAGAGAGCGUCAACGGGAAGGUCGGAGUCGGGACAUGCGGCAUUGCCGACAAGCCGAUGACCCAGUACCAGGAUACAUCCAAAUACAACGUGCGGCAUCUCAUGCCGCAGUAACGGGUUCCACGAGCCGCAUGUGUUCUGUGGCCGCCAGACCGUUCCAAGUUGGCCCAGUCGUCUGUGAGCUGCGUUCACCCCAGGGAAGGUGUUUUAAAAACAAAUAAGCAAACAAAGGCUCACAUGCUUGUGAGGGAAAGACUUGACUGUUUCUUUUUUUAAAAAAAAAAAUGAGGCAUCCACCCUAAUAUAUAGUUAGACCUAUGCCUAAAUUCAUUUCUGCAUUAUUGAUGUUCACUGAUGAUGGACUGGGUAGCCCCCCCCCCACCCCACCCCACCCCACCCCACUCAUCCACCAUUAUUCAAUUAGCAUCCAGUUUCAGGUAAAGACAAUGCUAAUUUAACAAACAUGUAGGUUUGAGUUGCACCUGCAAAAUGUAUUACAGUUUCCAUAACACAGAAGAAUUGUUUGAUGCUAUAGAUUUCCCCCCCAUAAUUGGGUUGGUUUAUCAAAAGCUGUGCUGUUCUAAGACCAAGUGGCUUUUCCCCCCCCCAUCUGAGAGUGUUUCAGUACAGAACUGUUUAAUGAUUUUUUUUUUUAUUGUAAUGUUAACUUAGAUUAAGUUAAAUGGUAAUUGGUCAUGCUUGUUUUUUUUCCUUUUUGUUCUGGUAUAAUGUACAAAUAUAUGCGCAGUAAACAAAGAAAAUGCCAUAGUCCCCCCCCCCACCCCCUUUUGAGGACUUUUUACUAAAUGCUACUUUUCAGUUGUUCGUUUACCUUUUAUUAAAUAAAUGUUAAAAUAUGCCAUCGUCUGCAAACUAUAAAUGAGCCCUUGAGUUUA